AAAGACUGAUCAGUCAUGGCGGUUUCUGUGCUUCCCAUUACAAGAACUUCAGCUAUCAACCCUUCCAUUAAAUUUCCACUAGGACCAUUGCGGUACCUUAAUUGCAGGAGACAGGUUCAAACGAGAGCUUCUGCGACUAACUCUGCUGACGGCGAGGAAUGGAAGAUAAAGAUAAAGAAAGAAAAGGGUGCUUGGAAAAUUGAUUUCUCUGAAAAGAAACCGGCCACCCCGUUACUUGACACAAUUAAUUAUCCAGUUCACUUGAAGAAUCUCUCCAUACAGGAUCUUGAACAACUCGCAGCAGAGCUUAGAGCAGAAACUGUUUAUAAUGUUUCAAAGACAGGUGGGCAUCUCAGUUCAAGCUUGGGUGUGGUGGAGUUGACUGUGGCUCUUCAUCAUGUAUUUGAUACGCCAGAAGAUAAAAUCAUUUGGGACGUCGGCCAUCAGACGUACCCGCAUAAGACUUUGACGGGGAGAAGGUCUAGAAUGCAAACAAUUAGGCAGACUUCAGGGCUUGCAGGUUUUCCUAAAAGGGAUGAGAGCAUAUAUGAUGCUUUUGGUGCAGGACAUAGCUCCACAAGUAUCUCUGCUGGUCUUGGAAUGGCGGUUGCCAGAGAUCUUCUACGGAAGAAUAACCAUGUUAUCUCUGUGAUCGGAGAUGGAGCCAUGACCGCAGGGCAAGCAUACGAGGCAAUGAACAACGCAGGAUACCUUGAUACGAACAUGAUUGUGGUAUUGAAUGAUAACAGACAGGUCUCCUUACCCACUGCCACUCUUGAUGGUCCAGCAACGCCUGUUGGAGCUCUCAGCAGCGCCCUCAGUAAACUGCAAGCAAGCACCAAAUUCCGCAAGCUCCGUGAGGCCGCCAAGGGUAUAAGCAAACAAAUUGGAGGGCAAGCACAUGAAGUUGCAGCAAAGAUGGACGAGUAUGCAAGAGGAAUGAUCAGUGCCUCUGGUGCUACGUUGUUUGAGGAACUUGGCUUGUAUUACAUAGGUCCGAUAGAUGGUCACAAUGUCGAAGAUUUAGUGUCCAUAUUCCGAAAAGUGAAAGAGAUGCCUGCACCAGGGCCUGUUCUGAUCCAUAUUGUAACAGAGAAAGGAAAGGGUUAUCCACCAGCAGAAGCUGCUGCAGAUAAAAUGCAUGGGGUUGUUAAAUUUGACCCCAAAUCUGGGAAGCAAUUCAAGUCCAAGCCCCCCACACUUUCCUACACUCAGUACUUUGCAGACUCCCUUAUAAAGGAAGCAGAGCUAGAUGACAAGAUUGUGGCUGUUCAUGCUGCUAUGGGUGGUGGAACUGGCCUUAAUUUCUUCCAAAAGAGGUUCCCAAAUCGAUGCUUCGAUGUUGGGAUCGCUGAGCAACAUGCUGUAACAUUUGCAGCAGGUCUAGCAACAGAGGGUGUCAAGCCGUUUUGUGCCAUCUAUUCAUCCUUUUUGCAACGAGGAUAUGAUCAGGUGGUGCACGAUGUGGAUCUUCAGAAAUUACCAGUGCGGUUCGCAUUAGAUCGAGCUGGCUUAGUUGGAGCAGAUGGACCUACUCAUUGUGGUGCAUUUGAUAUUACAUACAUGGCUUGCUUGCCAAAUAUGAUUGUCAUGGCUCCCUCCAAUGAAGCUGAGCUGAUGCAUAUGGUUGCCACAGCAGCAGCCAUUGAUGACAGGCCAAGCUGCUUUAGAUUUCCAAGGGGUAAUGGAGUUGGAGUAGCACUCCCUCCAAAUAACAAAGGCACUCCACUUGAGAUUGGGAAAGGUAGAAUACUGAUGGAAGGAAACAGAGUAGCUCUUCUAGGAUUUGGUUCCGUAGUUCAGCAAUGUCUUGAAGCUGCCAAUGUACUCAACUCCCGCGACGUAACCGUCACAGUUGCUGAUGCUAGGUUCUGCAAACCUCUUGAUACAGAGUUAAUAAGAAAUCUGGUUAAUGAGCAUGAGAUACUGAUUACAGUGGAGGAAGGUUCUAUUGGAGGUUUUGGAUCUCAUGUGGCUCACUUUCUAAGCUUGAAUGGCCUUCUAGAUGGACAACUCAAGUUGAGAUCAAUGGUGCUGCCUGACAGAUACAUUGACCAUGGUUCACCACAAGAUCAGAUUCAAGAAGCAGGACUCACUGCAAGGGAUAUAUCUGCAACCGUGUUGUCUCUCUUGGGAAGGGCCAAAGAAGCACUUCAGCUUCAGUGACUGCAAAUAUAAGAAGCUGGACUAGACUACUAGUCCUACAAAUAAAAAGGAGAGAAUCAAAGAUUUGAAUGAAUUUAGGGGUUCUGGGUAAGAGGAAUUAGUGAGAAGU